CCGCGAGCGGCCGCCACGUGGUUCUCCGGGACGCAGGCGAGCCCCUGCGACGGCCGGCCCAAUGGGGCAGCUAGGAUGGAGCCAAGCCUUCGAGGGGGCGGCGCCCUUGGCUCCAGCUGGCACUUUCCCCGCGUCAUGUGAGCGGCAAGAGCGCUAGAGGCAGACCGAGCGCCAGCAGAGAAAGGAGCGCGACGUCGCUGGCAGCUGGGCGAUGGUGGAUCUAUAACCAGUAUUCAUAAUUUUCAGCUCGUUGGCAUAAUAGUUAUAUACAGCUAUCAAUACAUCUUUUUAUGAGGAGGCGGCAAACCAAUGGUCUCAGUAAAUCAUAGCAAACUGGUGUCUGCUUCAAGUCAGCUGACUGCUUCAGCUCCCAUUCAGUUAGCCAACGCUUCAGUUGCUCUCAAGCAUGAGAUGCCACCAUUGAAUUUGCUGCAGGAUUGCAGUGGGGAGCAGGCUUCUAACCCAUCAGCUACCUCCAACUUAAUCUGCACAUCAGAGACGGGUGUUUCGCAGUCCAAGGUAAAGAAGGAUGGGGAGAAACCACAGACCACUAUCUACGAAGCCUACCUCAGACUUCCUGAUUUUUGCCCGGAACUCUCCAGGGACUUUAGCCCUACACUGGAGGAGAUUGAGGAGUUCCUGAAUGAGAAAAUGGCAAUUCUCAAAGAUGAGCUGAAUGACCAGCAGCAGGCAGGAGGACAGCUUAAGAGAAAGUCUGAGAUCAGCUUGGGCAGCCCUGGGGAACAGUCUGUUCCUGUAGCUGUUCCGGAUGAAGGCCUUUCCAGCUCCGCUCAGUCAGGAGUGGUGGUUUCUGGUGGUACAGGCAUCCCAGGGACUGUGGGGGCUGUCCCAGUUGUCCUUCAGAUCCAGCCCAACCAAGCGAGUGAAGGCAACUCGCCAACCCAGAGCCCUGUUGGUGGUAUUAGGGUGGCUCAGUUGGUCAUCAAAAUGCAAGGGCAGAGCCUGACUGUUCUUCCCCAGGUCAUCCAAAGCCCUUCAACAGGCACAGAACAAAAAUAUGUACGGAUAGCCCCUUUGCCUGUGACGCUGAGGCCUGGAGUUCUUGGAAGCGUGAAGAAUGUGGAGGCCAGGGCCCCCAAAGCCUCCCCUCCUGUCAUCCGAGUCCACAAGUGCACACAUCCCGGUUGCACAAAGAUGUACACUAAGAGUUCUCACCUCAAGGCACACUUCCGACGCCAUACUGGAGAAAAGCCGUACACCUGUACUUGGCCCAACUGUGGCUGGAGGUUUUCCCGCUCGGAUGAGCUCUCUCGCCACAAGCGCUCCCAUUCUGGACUCAAGCCUUACCAGUGCCAAGUGUGUGAGAAGAAAUUUGCCCGCAGUGACCACUUAUCCAAACACAUGAAGAUCCACAAAGGGUCAUUCAGUUUGGGAAUCCGGACAGCUCAGGGUUGUGGUCAUAGCUGACUCUGCUUUUGCUGCCUUGCCAAGAACAUAAUUCCUGCUCAAGUGAGAUGACAAAUGCAAAUAUAAAAGACGGCUUUGUUUGGAAGGGAGGAAAGGAAUUGACUUGUGUAAAGUCUAUUGGAAAGACCAAAGCCUACUUCUACCUGAACAUGCCUUUCAAUCAGGACCUGCCUCCAAACAGGUCCCUGAUACUUGUGAACUCUUGUAAAACUUGUAAUUAAGUUUGUGGGAAAGAUGUGACAAUAAAGGAUGUUGGGGUGGGCAGGGUGAGAUUCACUGUUUAGAUCUGAAUUUUAGAAUAUGGACUGUUUAGGCCAAGGAUGGAAGAACCUUUGGUCUUCUAGAUUGUGUUGGGCUACAGCUUCCGUUAUUUCUGACCAUUGGCCAUGCUCGGUGAGAUUGAUGGGAGGUGGAAUCCAACAACAUCUGGAAGGCCACAGGUUCUCCAUCUAUGGUUUAGUCAUUUCUAAUGCUUUUUCCUGUGGUGUACACAUAGAACAGUAUUUGAAUGGGAGGGUGUGGGUUCUUUUGCAUUUCUUUCUGAGUUAGCAUCCUGCUUGAUCACUCAGCCACUGAUUCUGAAACUAUAACCAAUGCAAUGAAAUUACAGGUGAAAUAUUCACUAAAAUGGCAAAUCUCAAAGUUCAGAGCUUGAAUAUCAGUACCAGGAAAUCAUAUUUUCCCAAGUCUUUAUUUUCAGACUAUACCUCUCUAAAGCCAAAUUGGUUUCAUGGCAUUCAGUGUAAUUUGUUUCAGUUACAGAUAGGUAGCUGUGUUGGUCUGCCAUAGUCAAAACAAAAAAAAUUCCUUCCAGUAGCACCUUAAAGACCAACUAAGUUAGUUCUUGGUAUGAGCUUUCGUGUGCAUGCACACUUCUUCAGAUAGUGUAAUUUGUGUGAUGCGUAAUGGUUUGUCUUUAGGAAAAUGAAUUGCAUUAUGGAUUACUGUGAGUUGUUAUUCUAUAGCCCCAAUUUAAAUGUUUAUUCUGUGAGCUGUACACUGCUUGUGCCUGAGAAUGGGACUUGGGGUCCAAGACCUAACCUGUACACAUGUUAAUCCAUGGUGGGAAAUGUAAUCUGAUUUGUCUCUGAAAUAAGACAAACAAGAGUGUCCUGAGUCUGCCCCAGACUGUAAAGCAGAAAUGAGGAACCUCCAGAUUGCUGGACUACAGCUCCCAUUAUCCCUAGCCAUUAGUCAUGCUAGCAGGGGCUGAUGGGAGUUGAAGUACAAUAAAAGCCAGAGGGCCACAGAUUCCCCAUCCUUGCUAUGAUGUUUGGUGGUACAGCCUUAAGUAUUGCACACAUUGCCUAUGGUUACAAUUCUAUGCCACUUUGUUGAAAGUGAGCCCCACUGAAUACAAUGGACUUGUUUCUGAGAAGACAUUUAUAGCAUUGCACUGUAAAUGCCUCAGAUGCCUUUUGUUUGAACUUAUUUUGAGCAUUGUUAAUCCACCAGAGCUGUCAUUAUGGUUUGUUUUGCUUUUAUUAUUCAGGUUGCUUAACUUACCUUGCACCCAUGGAAUUCAGGGCUGGUUAGAGAGAGAGAGAGAGUGAUUGAUGCAAGUCCCAACACAGUCAGUCUCAUGACUGGGUGGGGAUUUAACACAGGUCUACCAUGGCAUUUCUGUGCGCUGCUCUGGUUUACCAGAAGCGGCUUAGUCAUGCUGGCCACAUGACCCGGAAGCUGUACG